AUGGUGCCGGAGAAAAGGGCUACAUUCUUGACAACCAUGCUCAAUGACUCGAGCAUCGACUGGACGAUUACGAUACCGGAUGUUCAACGGUUAAUUAUUGAACGCGAAGCCCCGAAACACUCCUCCUGGAUGAGCUACCUCGGCUCAAAUACGGUAUUCGAAGCAUUGUUUAAGAGGAUCAGGAAGAACACUGGCGCUUAUUAUCGAUUCGGGGAUUACCACGAGUAUCAAGAAAUUAUCGAUUACGUGGAUGCGAUCGCGAGAGAGUAUCCUGAAAUUGCGAAGACUUUUAUCGCCGGCCAUUCGACCGAAGGGAGGGUGCUUAAAGGAUUAAAGAUUGGCUCGCCAAUUUCCGACACCAAUAAACGAGCCGUAUGGAUUGAUGGAGGGAUGCAUGCCCGAGAAUGGGCCAGCGUUCACACUGCGUUGUAUUUUAUUAAACAGCUCAUCGAAAAUUACGAGCGCCAGCCCCAGGUCAAGGCCUUCAUUGACGAGUUGAACAUCUACAUCCUGCCGCUGGUGAACCCGGACGGGUACGAGUACUCGAGGAGUGAGAUUACCCCGAAAGCACGAUUAUGGCGAAAGAACAGGGGGAAUGUGCGGUGUCAGGUCAGCCGCUGGUGGGGUAGUAUUUGCUGCGGGGGGACGGAUUUGAAUCGAAAUUUCGACUAUCAUUGGUCAGAAUCCGGCUCAUCCCCUUCAACGUGUUCUGAAGUGUACCAAGGAGCCGCACCUUUCAGCGAGCCGGAAACAAGAGCGGUGCGAGACAUGUUACUCUCGGCAGAACUUUCCGGAAAAACUGACGCCUUCAUUACGCUGCACACCUAUGCACAGAUGUGGAUGCACCCCUUUGGCACUCAUACCUCGGACUAUCCGGCUGACGUCGCGGAAUUGCGCGACGUCGCCAGAAACAGUGUCUCAGCCCUCAGCGGUGUGUAUGGUACUCGUUUCAAGUACGGUACUGGAGCAGAUUUAAUGUACCCAUCCUCCGGCGGGUCGGAUGAUUGGGCAAAGGGCAAAGCUGGCGUGAAAUACGUGUACUUGCUGGAGUUGAGGCCGUCGGACAGUUCGUGGGAUGGGUUCCUCCUCGACCCACGUCUUCUGAUCCCUGUUGGAGUAGAGACUUGGGAGGGCGUGAAGGUAGUCAUCCAGAGAGUACUUGACAAUAAACGACGACAGUACGGAGGUGGUGAAACCCUGCAGUCCGUCACGGAGGCGUACACCACACAAGUGCCGUGCCACACGGCCCUGGUGGGAAACCACGACCACGCAGAGGCCGUGGUGGGAGGCGACCACUACGCAACAGCCUUGGUGGUUACGGCCGGAGUAUCAGACGACGACACAGAGGACCGUACCGUGGUGGGAGACAACCACGACGGCGCCAUGGACCUCUACAAGACCGUGGUGGGAAACAACGACAACGACAACCACAGCGAGUCCGACGACGACAACAAGGUCAUGGUGGGACACCACGCAGAAACCCUGGUGGGAGACCACGACGACGGCCCGGCCCUCAAACUUCCCAAGAGCUUGGGCUGGAACUAUCGGGACGUCAACAAGAAGUGCGAAGAUUUGGUACCGUGGUGUAAGGGGUGGCUAGCCGGCAAUUCUAAUAUGUGCUCCAGCCCCUCGUUCUUCGUCGCCACCAAGUGCAGUCGGACGUCCGGCGCGAACCAUUUCCACUCACUGACCUGCACAUCAUCCGGCCGUCCUCCACUCGGCACGAUGCGUGGUCGAGUGCUGCUCGCCGCUGCCGUUCUGCUACUCGCUGGUGUACAGGGUAGCACGCUGAAGGUGACGCUCAAGCUCAUCCCGAAUGAUAAAGAAGUUCCGUCAUUCAAAUGUUGGAUCGAAGUUGGAGAUCCGCUCAAGGAAUACAGCACACAGAAGUACGACUAUGAUGCCACGCCCAAGGACGGUUCCACACUUCAGCCGUGGACGUCGGAAUUCUUUAAAGAUAACAUUAAUACGGAAGACAUGCGCGAAGACUUCGUAGGAGGCAGCAAGACAGUGCCGAUCGUCGUCAAGAUUCAAUACGCCAACGAAGACACCGAGACCAGCGAGCCCUACGUGUUCGACGGGCAGACGAUUUCGAAGGAUUUUAAGCCAAGAAUAGGAAAAGUCGUGAUCAACGUCCGACAAUUGUGCGACAGCGCCACCAAGGGCUUUCUGUGCCUUGAGGAGUGCAAUUGCAUGGACUGCAGCUCGGCGGUAUGCGACCCGAUCGACCAUGGCUUCGGAGACAAGCCGACUGAAAUCGGGGUCACUAGUGAUUGGUCCACUGGGGAAUAUUUCACCGCUGCUGCCGUCGGGGUUAUCGUCAUCUUGACGUUCAUGGGAGGGCUGGCAUAUGGCUUUUAUGCGAUGCGCCGCAAGCCCGCCUUCGACGAGACCUACGACGGGUACGACGCCGACGAGUUUGACGUCGAGGCGGCCGUCGGCACCAAGGAGGAUGAAGACGAUGAUGAGGCGGACGACGAGGGCAAGGAGGGCAAGGAUGGGGUCAGCCGCGACCGUCAUAGCCGCUCCAAACACUCGAAGACUGCCAAAUCGUUCAGCAGCCGGGAACGCGCCUCGAAGGAGCGAAAAAUCAAGAAGAACAAGAAGAAGAAUCCGUCGACGAUGAAGACCAAAACCAAGAAGCGCGACGACAAGCGGAAGAAGGAUCGCACCCUCACCCGCACGCAGAUCACCACCGAGGCGUCCAACGAGAAGAAGGGGUCGUCGGGCGAGGCGACCACCGCGAAGCGGGUCCCGUCCCAAGAGACGCAGACCGCCAUGGGCAGGGUGCCGUCGCGCGAAGCGCAGACUGCGAAUAACACUACAACCUCGGCCGAGCAGGCCACCCAGGACCCUGGCCACGCCUCCAACGAGAAGAAG